AUGAACACCCAGCUCUUACUGGCAUUUGCAGGCCUUGCCCUGCUAGCACAGAUUCUAUUCUCCGUUGUUCAGUGGCUUCGCUCCCCCCUGCGAUCAGUACCCGGACCAUUGCUAGCUCGCUAUUCGGACUUUUGGUAUUUUCACCGGCUUAAACAAGGAAGAUUUGAGAAGGUCAACCAAGACCUACAUGAGCAAUACGGGCCUAUCGUGCGCUAUGGACCGAACCGAUACAGCAUCAAUGACGCGGAAGCCCUCAAGACUGUCUACGGCCACGGCACGCAAUUCCAGAAGUCGGAGUGGUACAUCCCGUUCCAGCCAAACGAGGAUCUAUGGAACGUUUUCUCGGACCGCUCAGUGAGUCGUCAUGCUCACAGCAGACGGUUCUACACCAACGCAUACUCCAUGACAUCCCUCGUCAACUACGAGCCAUACGUGGACGAGUGCGGUGCUCUCUUCGCUCAACGUCUUUCGGAGUUUGCAAAGGCAGGCUCCAUAGUAGACAUCGGACACUGGUUCCAGUGCUUUGCCUUCGAUGCGGUUGCGAUGAUGACCUACGGAAAGCGUCUUGGGUUCUUGGAUCGGGGCGAAGACAUCGCCCAAGUCAUCGACAACAUCAACAAAAGUUUGCUAUACUCAAGCUUGACCGGCAUCUUUCCUUCCGUGCAUGUAUACAUCGCACCACUGGUGACCAACAUCACUAAGCGUCUUGGCAUGGGAGCAAAGAUGAUGUACGUGAUCGACUUCACAGCGCAGACCAUUGAGGAGGAGCAAGCAUCACCGAAGACAGUGAUUGAGGUCAAGGGUGCCGAAGACGGCGCUGCUAUCGGGGAGACCUUUCUCACCAAGUUUCUGGCCAAGCACUCCAGCAACCCCACUGAGUUCACCAACUGGCAUCUCCUCAUCGGCUGCGCCAGCAAUGUUUUUGCCGGAUCCGAUACGACCGGUAUCAGCAUCUCGGCCAUUGUUUACAACUUACUCAAGAACCCCGAUUCCUUGGCGAAGCUUCGCGAGGAGAUUGCAGACUUCACCAGCCGCGGCGAACUGUCUCAGGCGCCGACCUUCAAAGAGAGUCAGAAGAUGCCAUACCUUCAAGCAGUGAUCAAGGAGGCUUUGCGAGUCCAUCCAGCUGUGGGCCUGCCGCUUGAACGCAUCGUUCCCGAGGGCGGCGCUACCAUUGGUGGUCGUUUCUUUCCUGGAGGAUCCGUCGUUGGAAUCAACAGUUGGGUCCACCACCGGAAUACAUCCAUUUUUGGGGACGAUGCCAAAAAGUUUAACCCCGAUCGUUGGCUGAUUGAGGACGACGAGAAGAUUUCCGUGAUGAACAGAAACUGGAUGCCUUUUGGGUUGGGAUCACGCACAUGCCUGGGCAAGAAUGUGUCUAUUUUGGAAAUGUCAAAGCUCAUUCCUAGGCUCAUCCGGGACUUUGACUUCAAGCUUGAAGGUGCGGCCGCUGCGCCAGGAGGGGCGUGGAAAACUAGCAACGCAUGGUUCGUCAAGCCUCAGAACUUCCACGUCAAGGUGGAGUCGAGGGCGGCAGGCUACUGA